CAAGUACGUUUCCUUUGCAAAGGUUGAGUGUUGCAAUAUUUUCCCUCACUGCAUGCUAGUGAACAAAGAGAAGGAGAAGAUGUCUGGGCAGGGAACCCUCUCCCUGCUCACCUGCAUGGCAGCCAUUGGUAAGCGCUGACAUCAGCUUAAUAUUCAAUUACAUAUUAAAGGCGUUGGAAAAAACAUAAUCAGCUCAACUAGAAAAAAAAAGUCAAUUACUUUCAAUACUACACGUUUUAAGUUACAGUUUAGUUUUUUUGUUGUUGCUAUUCCUGACUGAAUCUAAAAUACUCAAAUAUGUUGAACUGUUCACACCAUUGUAAUCAAUAGGCAAACUUGAAGUAGAAGAGGGUAUGUUUUCAAAAUGGAUGCUUAACUUGCACAAGGAUCAUUUAUGUCAAAGAAAGGUGCCUAAUGUUGCCAUUGCCGUCGGUUAGUGGGAAUCCCAAUAAAAAUACAAAUCUAAUGCUCUAAAUGUAAUUGACUUGUUAGAUGCUCCAUUGUAAUUUUUUGGGGGCCUUUUAGAAAACAGAACUAGUCAUACAAUAUCUUUACUUGUGGUUUCACAUCAAUAACGGUAACCGACUUCCACUUUUUUGUUUUUGAGGCAAUAGGCCACUUAACCUUUUAAACCUAGAUACAACCUUAUUGUCUAUUAAUGUUUUUGAGACAGUCAAUGAUAAGCAUUAACUAUUGGCCAUUUAUCACACAUUUUUCAUAGUGGAAAAGGUCAUAAAUAAGUUAUUUACAAUGUUACAGCUGCAUUAACUUUUGAAGGCAGUUCUGGCUGAACAACAGUAGCCUAUAGCACACCUAUGUUCAGUCAAACAUGUUAAAAUUAUGAUUCCUCAAAAUACGUUUAUGCAGACUGAACAUUUAGUUGUUUUCACCAGAGCCAGCGCCAGACUAUGAUCAGCUGGGGGGCACUCUUUUUGAUGCUAUAUUUAUAGUUAGGCUAUAUAUAUAAUAUAUGCAAUGAAUCUUCCACUCAUCAAAAGGACCCACCAUUUAAAGCCAACAGCGCAUUUCAAACACACAAGAGCAAAUCACAUUUCUCCUUUCCUAAAAACGUUGGCUAUUAAAAACCUAGGCCUUGGAUAAUGCUAAAACAAUGUAGCCUACCAAAUGAAUUGACAAGGAAAGUUUGAAGGGGGAGAGAGACAGCUAUGCGAUAGCAGGCCUAUAUUAUGAAGGCCUAUAUGAUAUUUAAAUCUGUCUCUGGUGGAUAUACUUUGCCCUGGUCUUGCAUAGCACAGGUCAGGUGGUAUGGCAGCAUAGACCUACGAAUGAUAGAUUAAUAUAUGAAUUACCCUCAUUUCUAAUACAUCUCUGUCUUCACUGUUCCCGUCUUGCACAAUUCAUGCAUCUCUGCAGGCAUCAGCUCCACUGGCCUCUCUCUCUCUCUUCCCCUCUCCUCUCUCGAUUGCUAAUAUCUCUUGUACGAGUAGCCUAGCUCAAUGCAAGUCCCAGGAAUAGCAAUAUAGUUUGGUCACUUAUUUUGAGCAAUUUUUUUAACUAAUAGGGAGAAGCAGCUUGCUCUUGCUUGCUGAAUAUAAAAUAGACUAGAGGGUUGGCAAUGAACUGGUGGGAAGUUUGACUGGCUAGAGCAUGUAGCUCUGGUGUAGUAAUAUUUAUAUCAAUAUUGGUAGAAUGUUUUUUGGGUGGGCACAAAAGUAAAUUCAGGGAGGCAUUGCCCCCACAAUGCCCCCAUAGAGCCGGCACUGGUUUUCACUGACCAUGAUCUAAAAUAUGAAAUAUUAAAUUAUGCCAAUUUCCCGUGUUGUAGGGAAGAUCGGAUAUCUAAGAUUUGUGUGAAAUGCUGAUUCAAUUAUGUAUUCUAUUGUACAUCGUGGAUUAGGCCCACUAGACAACAAAUAUUUACCAAUAUCAUUUUUAUGCAUCUAACCCAAAUAGUUGUCUGUCAUCCGAUUCUACCACUCUUUUCUUUUCUUUGCCAGCUGUCUCUUCAAUGGCUUUCAACAUUGAUGAAACAAACCCACAAAUCUACAAAAGGGAGGAACAAGAUUUCUUUGGUUACAAAGUCCUGCAAUUCAUUUCUGGCAAGGAGAAAGGGUAAGUGUUAUUGUUAUCAUCAUAGUGAAAUGUGUGGUUCUGGUUAGUAUUAUGUUACAAACUUCAUCUGCAAAACAGUAUCACACACCUGAGGAAACAAAAAUUACCAAAACAAUGCACCUGUGUCUGCAAACAUGCACUAUAUACAGUGGGCUCCAAAAUUCCUGCCAACCCUGACUGGCAAUGCACAAACCAUACUUUAAAAAAUAUAAACAAUAUAAUUAUAGAGAAACUCAAAAUAACAACAUGUGAGAAAUACUGUACUUUAUUAAUGUUUCAAUGGAACCAACCAAAAUCAUACAAUUAUUUAAUGCAAAAUAAAUGUAACCAAAAUCAAGGUUUCAUCAUUAUUGGCACUCCUCAUUUAGUACUUAGUGCAACCACCUCUGGCAAGGAUAACAGCAUGGAGUCUUUUCCUGUAACGUUUGACAAGGUUAAGGAACACAUUUGGAGGGAUUUUGGACCAUUCCUCUAUGCAGAUCCUUUCAAGAUCCUUCACAUUCUUGGGUUUGCGCUUAUCAACUGCCCUCAACAACUCAGCCCACAGAUUUUCGAUUGGAUUGAGGCGACUGUGAUGGCCAUGGCAGAACAUUGAUUUUGUUGUCACAGAACCAUUUCUGUGUGGAUCUUCAGGUAUGUUUUGGGUCAUUGUCUUGUUGGAAAGUCCACCUACGGCCAAGUCCCAGCCUUCUGGCAGAGGCAACCAGAUUGUCAGCCAAAAUUGCCUGAUACUUGGUGGAAUUCAUUAUGCCGUCAAUCUUAUCCAGUUCCCUGGACCUCUGGAAUUAAAACAGCCCCAAAACAUCACUGAUCCACCACCAUAUUUCACUGUGGGUAUGAGGUGCCUCUCCUUGUAUGCAUCUCUGUUUCGACGCCAAACAUGCCGAUGCUGUAUCUGACCAAAACGUUCAAUGUUGGUCUCACCUUCUUCCAGUCAUAAUUUAAAUGACAUUUGGCAAACUCCAAGCGCUUGCGUCUGUGUCUUGGGGUCAGAAAGGGCUUUCUUCUGGAAACCGUUCCAAAGAGCCUGUGGUUGUGGAGGUGACGUCUGAUGGUGCUUUUUGAAACCUGGUGACCCCAAGACACCACCAAGGCCUGCAAUUCUUUCACAGUGAUUCUUGGGGAUUUUGUUGCUUCUCUCGCCAAUCCUCCUCCCUAUCCUGCAUCCUCUACCCGUGAGGUUUUCAACUGUUCCAUAUCUUUUACAUUUUUUAAUAAUUGCCCUGACAGUGCUCAGUGGUAUAUUCAAUCGUUUGUGGAUCUUCUUGUAGCCAUUACCAGAUUUAUGAAGGUCUACAAACAUCUGUCUCUUUUGAACUGGCAGUUCUUUUGUUUUCUUCAUGGUGUUGGAUGACAAAGGGAUAUUGCAUGCGUGUUACCUCAUUUUUAUACCCUAGUGAAACAGGAAGUGAUGUAAUGGCUCAAUAUAAACUGCUCAAAAAAUUAAGGGAACACUAAAAUAAAACAUCCUAGAUCUGAAUGAAUGAAAUAAUCUUAUUAAAUACUUUUUUCUUUACAUAGUUGAAUGUGCUGAUAACAAAAUCACACAAAAAUUAUCAAUGGAAAUCAAAUUUAUCAACCCAUGGAGGUCUGGAUUUGGAGUCACCCUCAAAAUUAAAGUGGAAAACCACACUACAGGCUGAUCCAACUUUGAUGUAAUGUCCUUAAAACAAGUCAAAAUGAGGCUCAGUAGUGUGUGUGGCCUCCACGUGCCCUACAACGCCUGGGCAUGCUCCUGAUGAGGUGGCGGAUGGUCUCCUGAGGGAUCUCCUCCCAGACCUGGACUAAAGCAUCCGCCAACUCCUGGACAGUCUGUGGUGCAACGUGGCGUUGGUGGAUGGAGCGAGACAUGAUGUCCCAGAUGUGCUCAAUUGGAUUCAGGUCUGGGGAAAGGGCGGGCCAGUCCAUAGCAUCAAUGCCUUCCUCUUGCAGGAACUGCUGACACACUCCAGCCACAUGAGGUCUAGCAUUGUCUUGCAUUAGGAGGAACCCAGGGCCAACCGCACCAGCAUAUGGUCUCACAAGGGGUCUGAGGAUCUCAUCUCGGUACCUAAUGGCAGUCAGGCUACCUCUGGCGAGCACAUGGCACCCCACACCAUGACUGACCCACCGCCAAACCGGUCAUGCUGGAGGAUGUUGCAGGCAGCAGAACGUUCUCCACGGCGUCUCCAGACUCUGUCAAGUCUGUCACAUGUGCUCAGUGUGAACCUGCUUUCAUCUGUGAAGAGCACAGGGCGCCAGUGGCGAAUUUGCCAAUCUUGGUGUUCUCUGGCAAAUGCCAAACAUCCUGCACGGUGUUGGGCUGUAAGCACAACCCCCACCUGUGGACGUCGGGCCCUCAUACCACCCUCAUGGAGUCUGUUUCUGACCAUUUGAGCAGACACAUGCAUAUUUGUGGCCUGCUGGAGGUCAUUUUGCAGGGCUCUGGCAGUGCUCCUCCUGCUCCUCCUUGCACAAAGGCGGAGGUAGCAGUCCUGCUGCUGGGUUGUUGCCCUCCUACGGCCUCCUCCACGUCUCCUGAUGUACUGGCCUGUCUCCUGGUAGCGCCUCCAUGCUCUGGACACUACGCUGACAGACACAGCAAACCUUCUUGCCACAGCUCACAUUGAUGUGCCAUCCUGGAUGAGCUGCACUACCUGAGCCACUUGUGUGGGUUGUAGACUCCGUCUCAUGCUACCACUAGAGUGAAAGCACCGCCAGCAUUCAAAAGUGACCAAAACAUCAGCCAGGAAGCAUAGGAACUGAGAAGUGGUCUGUGGUCACCACCUGCAAAACCAGUCCUUUAUUGGGGGUGUCUUGCUAAUUGCCUAUAAUUUCCACCUGUUGUCUAUUCCAUUUGCACAACAGCAUGUGAAAUGUAUUGUCAAUCAGUGUUGCUUCCUAAGUGGACAGUUUGAUUUCACAGAAGUGUGAUUGACUUGGAGUUACAUUGUGUUGUUUAAGUGUUCCCUUUAUUUUUUUGAGAAGUGUAGUUCCUUCAGACUUUGAUCAACUUAAAUAAGUGGAAUUUAAGUAGUGGUUUAAUUUUGGUUUGAUGUUAUUUACAAUAAUCUUUAAGGGUGCCAUUAAUUUUAAAACAUUGAUUUGGAGGACAUUGAUUUUUAAUUAAAUCAAUAAAUGAUUUUGGUGGGUUCCAUUGGAACAUUAAUAUAGUACAGUAUUUCUCACAUGUUGGUAUUUUGAGUUUCUCUAUAAUUAUAUUGUUUAUAUUUUUUUAAGUAUUGUUUGUGCAUUGCCAGUCAGGGGUGCCAGUAAUUUUGGAGCCCACUGUAUAUCCAUAGCAAUGUAUUUAGAAAAUAUAUGGCUCUGUAUAUACAGUGAGCUCCAAAUGUAUUUGUUGUUGUUUUGGCUCUGUGCUCCAGCACUUUGGAUUUGAAAUGAUACAAUACUGUGAGGUUAAUGUGCAGACUGUCAGCAUUAACUUGAGUGUAUUUUCAUCCAUGUCUGUUGAACCGUUUAGAAAUUACAGCACUUUUUGCACAUAGUCCCGCCAUUUUUGGGGACCUAAAGUAUUGGGACAAAUUCACUUAUGUGAAUUAAAGUUGUCAAAAUGUUAGUAUUUGGUCCCAUAUUCCUAAAAUGCAAUGAUUACAUCAAGCUUGUGACUCUACAAACUUGUUGGAUGCAUUUGCUGUUUGUUUUGGUUGUGUUUCAGAUUAUUUUGUGCCUAAUAGAAUAAUGUAUUGUGUCAAUUUGGAGUCACUUCUAUUGUAAAUAAGAAUAGAAUAUGUUUCUAAACACUUCUACAUUAAUGUGGAUGCUACCAUGAUUACGGAUAAUCCUGAAUGAAUCGUGAAUAAUGAUGAGUGAGAAAGUUACAGAGGCAUAAAUAUCAUAUCCCCUAAAAAAUGCUAACCUCCCCUGUUAUUAUAAUGGUGAGAGGUUAGAAUGUCUUUGGGGUAUGAUAUUUGUACGUCUAACUUUCUCACUCAUCAUUAUUCAUGAUUCAUUCAAGACUAUCGUAAUCAUGGAAGCAUCCACAUUAAUGUAGAAGUGUGUAGAAACAUAUUCUAUUCUUAUUUACAAUACUUGAACAUUUAUUACGUUUCUUAAAUUAUGUGAGCUGCAUCCAAUGCACAUGACUAAUGUGCAUCAGUGUAUUAGUUAUGUAUACAUUGAUGGAAGGGAAAUUCUAACUUGUGUUUCAUCAUAUCACACCUCUGAUAACAUCCUGCCUUCCUCCUUCACCAUGCAGUUGUUAUUGUAACCUUAGUAACCAAUAGAAAAUGGAUAUACAAAAGUAAUUUACCACAUUGUCACAAAUGUUAUGCAACCACUCUUGAUCUAAAGUUUGUCAUAUAUAUAAGAAGUCAUACAGUCUCAUCUAAAUCGACCAAACUAUACUGGUAUUUCUCACCCACAGGGUAAUGGUCUGUGCGCCACAUCAGAAGAAUGGAUCUGGUGGAAUCUGUAGAUGUGCUCAAGACCGAACAAACUGUACAAAUUGUUACACUUCUGAAGGUAGAGAUGGAAGUUGAUGAUACACUAUACUGUACUUACUGCAAUUUAGAAUGGUGGUUACCUUAACAAAAUGAAUAAUUAUAAGAAUUAUAAGAACAUGUAACACCUAUCACGGUAACCAUGGCUAAUCAAUAUUUGACAGCUUUAAAAUAUUGUUGAAAUGUCAACAAGAUCUUGAAAAUGAGAAACACUAGUUGAUUCUGCAAGUCUGCCUUUUCCCUUCCAACAGAAACUGACACAAUCAAGUACAUUGGACUGUCUAUGGCUGGACAAUCUACUUCUCCUCCAACGUUCACUGUAAGAUAACCACCAAACAGUUAAUUUGAUCAUAUUCUUGUUGUGAAUGUGAGUGUACUGUGCAUAUGUAAUACAUGUGUUUGGCAGCAUUUACAGUACAUAGGCAGCCCAAUUCUGAUAUUGUUUUUAACUAAUUGGUAUUUUGACCAAUCAGAUCAGCUCCACCAAUUAAUGGAAAAAAUAUCAGAAUUGGGCUGCCUGUGUAAACCUAAAUUACUUGUUUCACUUGAGUCAUAAAACAAUAGCUCAACAAUCUAAAAAUGAUCAUGGCAAAUUCAUGUAACUCUCUCUUUUGAAGCCAUCUGAGGUCCACCAGACAAGCCAUUAUUUUAUCUAAUUUACAAUUACUUAUUAUCCUCAUUCAGGCCUGCAGCCCUGGCCUGGCACACGAGUGCGAUGGGAACUCCUAUCUGAACAGUAUCUGCCAAGGUAUAACAGUGAAACUGGAACACAUUUGUAGAUAUAAAUAAAAUAACCCAAGAUUUGUAGGUAUAUAUUGACUGUUUAUUCAUGUAAUGCUAAAUUACAUUAGGAUUAGGUCACAAAAUAUGAAUUGUGAAUGAUAAGAUCUGGAUUCCUGAAUAUGUGAAGAAUAUUGUGUGUUAUCCAUCAUAUACAUUUCUUUAAUUCACUUUCUCUUCCAGAAUGUACUAAGAAAAUAGUGGACCUCGUUUUCCUCAUUGACGGAUCAGGAAGCAUGACAGGGGACGAAUUUGAUGAGAGCAAAGGUUUCAUAAACAAUAUCAUGACAACCCUAAAAAACUCCUCAAUCAAGGUAAACUUCCCUUUUAAAGUUCAUAACUUGAAUCAUGCUUGUGAGGUUGCUGAACAUACAUCUGUUUAUCUACACUCUUAGAAGUAAAGGUGCCUAGAAGAACCUUUUGGGUUGCCACACCGGCGGAACCUUUCCAGUUCAAGGGUCUUGGAGGAACCCCUGUGUAAAGGUUCUGAUGGGAGGAGUUACAUUUUGAACCUUUUUGAUAAUAUAUUGAAGUGGUGGCAGCCUAUUAUUGGAGGCGUGGCUUUCAGAUAGGCAAUUUUUGGCCACCCAUUAGCGCAAAUCUCAUUCCUGUUCAUCAUGUUAUGUUUUACACUGCAAAACUAAAUCCUUGAAUAUUUAUACAUAUUAUAUACUUCAAUAUAAUGUUAAUAAUAUUAACAAUUCUAUUUACAUAUAGUAAUAAAGUGACAACUAUUCCCACUUUGGAAGAGCAUAGGCUCUUGAGGAACACUUCUGUAAGCCUCACUGACGCUAUAAAACUAUCAGUGUUUAACUUUCACAUGUGAUGACAAUACAGCAGAACAGAUUAACAGGAAUGACAUUUACUCUAACAGGUGGCCUAAAAAAUAUAUACAGUAUCUUAAAGCCACGCACUUCCUAAGCCACGCCUCCACUCCAGGGUUCCUCCAGGAUCCCGAUGCUACAUUGAACCAUUAAAGGUUCCUUCAAGAACCCCUCAAUUUACCGAAGGUGCAAAUAUGACCCAUUGACUUGCAAUGGUUCCUUGAGGAUCUUCAUGGUUCUUCAAGUCACCACUAAUUAUAAGAUGUGCUAUACCUAGGUUGCUGCAUGGAAAGUAUGGAAUGAAAUCAAUAUUAGUUAUCUUUUCCUCUUUUUUUAAACCACAGUUCGCGGCGGUUCAGUUCUCAUCAACAGCCAGGACAGUUUUCGACUUCAAUGACUACCAAGAGGGGAGAGCCUUGACUAAUCUUACGAAUGAAAAGCACAUGGCUCAUCUAACCAAUACAUAUCAGGCGAUAGACUCUGUCUUGUAGGUCACAGUUGAUCAUUAUUAAUCAGUUUUACUUUCAAAGUUCUGACCGAAUACUCGGAAUCUGAUCAAAGGGGAUUGUGGUGUAAGAAAGAUUGCUUGAUCUGUUGUUUGUAUACAUCUAUUUCAGGAAAAACAUUUUCGAAAACCAAGCUGCUGGUGCCACCGCAGAUGCAACUAAAGUACUGGUCCUAAUAACAGAUGGAACAUCCAGUGAUUCUGAUAGAAAUUAUAACUCUAUCAAAAGAAGUGAUGAGAAAAACAUAAUCCGUUUCGUCAUCGGGGUAAGUCCUUAAAAGGGGAGAGCCUGCAUACCCCCAACACAACAACACACAAUUUUAUGACUUAAUUCCAUUACAACUGUUCCAUUCCCAUUUCUACAGCUGGUUGAUCACUAGCCAAAACAUUUUGACUAGAAGGUAUGCUCUCCUCCUAGUUGAAACGACCAAAGGCCAAUAUAUUUGCAUCUCUGUGAACUUCAAGUUAAAAGGUUUGCAAAUGUGCCUCAAUCCAGGGAUGAAAUGUUUCGCUGUAGUCCUACUUAUCCCACAGGAAUUUACGGCGAAUGGAGAAUAUUUAAAUACUACUCGUUUUUAAUUAAACUGCCUUGUUCAUCCUCAUGCUAGUUAGCUAAUGCUAAAGCAGAAGUAUUUUAUCUUCUCCAUUUACCCUAAAUUGUUGUGGGAUAAGUAGGAGUACAGCAACACCUUCCAUCCCUGGAUUGAGGUACAUUUUCAAAUCGUUUCACUUGAAGUUCGCCGAGGUGAAAAGAUAUUGGCAUAUGGCCGUUUUGACUAGUUGAUCACCAGUGUAUACCAGUGUUAGUGCUUUUAAUGUAUGAUUUCAAUGUAUGCUGCUUACAUUCAUGUUUGUUGCCCAAAUAAUACACUAGCUGUUUUUUUUAAAGCUCCAAUAUAUAUAUACCUUUUUGGGUGACCCGACCAAUUACACAUAGAAAUGUGUGUUAUAGAUCUGUCAUUCUCAUUCUCAUCAAUUUACAAAUGCUUUUGUAUCCUCUACUAAAGAUUCUUUGUCAUCACACUGAUGAUUUGCUUAACAGUUUCAAUGAUAUACUGUAUGUCAGGCUACUUUAGACUCAGUGGCAGCAGUUAAAACCAAGAAUAAACUGUCUGCCAGAGUCUCACCUUGGUUAAAUGAUCACACUCGUGCCUUAAAAAGUGUUUUUAAAAAUGCUGAGCGUAAAAGGAAAGCCUGCUAAUUUCAAGCAUUCUAUGAGAUAAUGAAGGAUCUGAUGAGAAAUUACAAUAUUGUGGUUAAAGAUGCAAGAGCAAACUACUUCUCUACCCUGAUCUCUGAGAACUCCCACAACUCGAAAGUUCUGUUUAAGACAAUUGAGCAUAUUUUUGGUGCCAGUCGGGCUUCCGCUCACUUAACAGCACGAAAACUUGGUUUAUUGAAAGUCAAUAAAAGGGCUGUUGCGGUCAUUACAUUUUGUCUGACAGUUAUUGUCCUCCCGAGUGGCGCAGUGGUCUAAGGCACUGCAUCGCAGUGCUAGCUGUGCCACUAGAGAUCCUGGUUCGUAUCCAGGCUCUGUCGUAGCCGGCCGCGACCGGGAGACCAAUGGGGCGGCGCACAAUUGGCCCAGCGUCGUCCAGGGUAGGGUAGGGAAUGGCCGGCAGGGAGGUAGCUCAGUUGGUAGAGCAUGGCGUUUGCAACGCCAGGGUUGUGGGUUCGAUUCCCACGGCGGGCCAGUAUGAAAAAAAAAAAGUAUAAUGUAUGCACUAACUGUAAGUCGCUCUGGAUAAGAGCGUCUGCUAAAUGACGUAAAUGUAAAAGACUGCCGGUCUCAUGGUAAUUUACCGUCAAUUAACAUAAACAUGUUUAGCAUCACCAGGCCUCCACGCAUACAAGCCGCUAAUGCGCGCCUUUGGAAAAUGUACAUUUAAAAAGGCUAAUAACUCAAUUAAAUAUAAAUCCAUUAUUUAUUUUAGUCAGGUCUAAAGAAACAUGAUAUGAAGAAAAUGUAUUUCAGAAUAACAGAAUAUGAGUUGGCCUACUGUAUGUUAUAGGCUGUAGGCUUGUCCAUUUAGCAGACAAUAUAUGCUUUUAAGUCCCUUGCCAUUUUAUAGUAAGAAGAAUAUAAUUGAACUUAGCAAUAUUAACAAUAUUUUUCCCAUUCCAUGUCACGCAAGUGUAGGUGGGUGAUGUGGUGGAAUCAGACGCAGGACACCGGAGUAUAGUCCACAAGACUUUAGUAUAAAUCCAACACGGAAAAUACUAAUACAAUAUCCAAAGGCGCAACAAAUACGCACAAAGGCAAAACGAAACCAAGAGCGCACCAGACAAGUGCGUAAACUCUCCAAAACAGUGGAGGGAAGCUCAACCGAGCGAACAUGUAGAAACCCUACACAUGACUGACAAAGUCCAAUAACACACAACACUAGACAAACACAACGAGAAACGUAUAGGACACUAAUUACGCCAAAUGAGAAACAGGUGUGAAAACAAACAGACAAAAGCAAACGAACAUGAAACAUACAACGGUGGCAGCUAGAAUUCCGGAGACGACGAACGCCGAAGCCUGCCCGAACAAGGGAGAGAGGCAGCCUCGGCCGAAAACCGUGACAGUACCCCCCCCUUGACGCGCGGCUCCAGACGUGCGCCGACUCCGGCCUCGGGGACGACCCGGAGGACGUGGAGCAGGGCGCGUCGGAUGCCCCCGAUGGAAUUCCGUCAGGAGCGACGGGUCCAAAAUGUCUCUCCUCGGCACCCAGCACCGCUCCUCCGGACCGUACCCCUCCCACUCCACUAGAUACUGGAGACCCCCCAUCCGACGUCUCGAAUCCAAGAUGGACCUCACGGAGUACGCCGGUGCCCCCUCGAUGUCCAGUGGGGGCGGAGGAGUCUCCCCUAUCUCAUUUUCUUGGAGUGGGCCCGCUACCACCGGCCUGAGAAGGGACACAUGGAACGAGGGGUUAAUACACUUAUACUCCACAGGUAGCUGUAAUCUAUAACAUACCUCGUUCAACCUUCUCAGGACUUUAAAUGGCCCUACAAACCGCCGACCCAGUUUUCCGACAGGGCAGGCGGAGGGGCAGGUUUCUGGUAGAGAGCCAGACUCGAUCACCAGGUGCGUACACCGGUCCCUCACUGCGGUGGAGAUCAGCGCUCGCCUUCUGACGUCGGAGGGCCCGCUGCAGGUGGACGUGUGCAGCGUUCCAAGUCUCCUCCGAGCGCCGCGCCCACUCAUCCACCGCAGGAGCCUCGAUCUGGCUCUGCUGCCAGGGUGCCAGAACCGGCUGGUAACCUAACACACAUUGAAAUGGAGUUAGGUUAGUGGAGGAAUGGCGUAGGGAAUUCUGGGCCAUCUCGGCCCAGGGAACGUACCUUGACCACUCCUCCGGCCGGUCCUGGCAGUAUGUUCUGAGAAACCUACCCACAUCCUGGUUUACGCGUUCCACCUGCCCAUUACUCUCCGGGUGGUAACCCGAGGUGAGGCUCACCGAGACCCCCAACCGCUCCAUAAACGCUCUCCAGACUCUGGAGGUGAAUUUGGGGACCUCGAUCAGCCACAAUGUCCUCGGGUACCCCGUAGUGCCGGAACACAUGGGUGAAUAGUGCUUCGGCAGUUUGUAGGGCAGUAGGAAGACCCGGCAUGGGGAGCAAACGACAGGCCUUAGAGAACCGGUCCACAACGACCAGGAUGGUAGUAUUCCCUUGGGAGAGGGGAAGGUCUGUUAUAAAAUCCACAGAGAGGUGGGACCAUGGUCGUUGUGGAACGGGCAGGGGUAGCAACUUACCCCUAGGCAGAUGUCUAGGCGCCUUACACUGGGCGCACACCGAGCAGGAGGAAACAUAAACCCUCACAUCCCUUGCCAACGUGGGCCACCAGUACUUGGCACUAAGACAGUGCACUGUCCGGCCGAUACCCGGAUGUCCAGAGGAGGGUGACGUGUGAGCCCAAUAGAUCAAUCGAUCCCGAACCUCGAGCGGAACGUACUUCCGACCCUCCGGGCACUGUGGUGGACUAGGGUCGGUGCGUAACGCCCGCUCGAGUUCAGCAUCGACCUCCCACACUACCGGUGCCACCAGACACGACUCCGGCAGUAUGGGAGUGGGCUCCACGGACCUCUCCUCCGUGUCAUACCGCCGAGACAGCGCAUCUGCCUUACCAUUCUGUGACCCAGGGAUGUACGUGAUCUUAAAAGUAAACCUGGUCAAGAACAUACUCCAUCUUGCCUGGCGAGGGUUCAGCCUCCUCGCCGCCCGGAUGUACUCCAGGUUACGGUGGUCCGUCAAAAUGAGGAAAGGGUGUUGAGCCCCCUCAAGCCAGUGCCUCCACACCUUUAGAGCCUGUACCACGGCUAACAGCUCCCUGUCCCCUACGUCAUAGUUCCGCUCCGCCGGACUGAGCUUCUUAGAAUAAAAAGCACAGGGGCGGAGUUUAGGUGGCGCGCCAGACCGUUGUGAAAGCACGGCUCCUAAACCGGCCUCUGACGCGUCCACCUCUACCUGGAACGGCAAAGAGGGAUCCGGAUGCGCCAGCACCGGGGCCGAGGUAAACAGGUCCUUCAGCCUCCCAAACGCCCUGUCCGCCUCGGCCGACCACUGCAGACGCACCGGACCCCACUUCAAAAGAGACGUGAUGGGAGCUGCCACCUGUCCAAAACCCCGGAUAAACCUCCGGUAGUAAUUCGCAAACCCCAAAAACUGCUGCACCUCCUUCACAGUGGUUGGUGUUUGCCAAUUACGCACGGCCGACACCCGGUCUACCUCCAUCUUCACCCCUGACGCAGACAACUGAUACCCCAAAAAGGAGACUGACUCCUGGAAAAACAGACACUUCUCUGCCUUCACAUACAGGUCGUGCUCCACCAGCCUCCGCAACACUCUACGCACCAGGGCCACAUGCUCGACACGGGUAGGCGAGUACACGAGAAUGUCAUCAAUGUACACAACCACCCCCUGCCCCUGCAUGUCCCUGAAGAUCUCAUCCACGAAUGAUUGGAAAACUGACGGAGCGUUCAUCAACCCGUAUGGCAUGACCAGAUACUCGUAAUGGCCCGAGGUGGUACUAAAGGCUGUCUUCCAUUCAUCGCCCUCCCUGAUGCGCACCAAGUUGUACGCGCUCCUGAGAUCUAAUAUAGUGAAGAAACGCGCCCCAUGCAACGACUCAGUCAUGGUCGCAACCAGCGGGAGUGGAUAACUGUACUUCACCGUAAUCUGAUUGAGACCACGGUAAUCGAUGCACGGGCGCAAACCACCAUCCUUUUUCUUCACAAAAAAGAAACUUGAGGACGCAGGGGAAGUGGAAGGCCGUAUGUAUCCUUGUCUCAGAGAUUCGUCUAUGUAAGUCUCCAUAGCUUUCUUCUCCUCCUGAGACAGAGGAUACACAUGGCUCCGUGGGAGCGCAGCUCCUGCCUGGAGGUCUAUCGCACAAUCUCCCUGCCUAUGGGGGGGCAACCGCGUCGCCCUCGCCUUACUAAACGCAAUAGCCAAAUCCCCAUACUCAGGGGGAACGUGCAAUGCGGGCACCUGGUUUGGACUCUCCACCGAGGUAGCCCCUACGGAAACGCCCAAACAUCUACCCACACACUGAGCAGACCACUCCAUCAGAGCCCUCUCCUGCCACGAAAUAGAUGGGUUAUGGGUACUUAACCAGGGCAUGCCCAGCACCACCGGAUACGCAGGAGAGUCAAUCAGGAACAGCUGAAUCAUCUCCUGAUGAUCCCCCUGCGCACACAUCCUAAGUGGCGCCGUGACCUCCCUGAUUAAGCCCGUACCCAACGGACGGCUAUCUAGGGCAUGAACGGGGAAAGGAACAUCAACAGGAAUAAGGGGAAUCCCUAACGCUAAACAAAACUUUUUAUCAAUAAAAUUCCCAGCCGCGCCUGAAUCUACCAGCGCCUUAUGCUGGGAAUGAGGUGCUACCUGUGGAAAACGCACAGGCAUACAAAAAUGGGCAACAGUGAGCUCUGGGUGAGUGGGGCGCCUACUCACCUGGAGGGAAUCCCCAGUGCGGGACCUGUUGUCAUCCCCCCUAGGAGGCCAUCCCCAGCACCUAGCCGCGGUGUGUCCUCCCCGACCACAGUUGGUGCAGUGGAUGGACCCCCUAGCCAACCGACUCCUCCUCUCUCUAGCGCCAGCGCCCCCGAGCUCCAUAGGACACGGCUCGGAGGCGCUGGAGGGUGAAAUGGACGGACCCUCCUCAGGACGUCCGCGGGUAGCCAGUAGGUUAUCCAGCCUGAUGGACAUGUCGACCAGCUGGUCGAAAGAGAGGCUGGUGUCCCUACAAGCCAGCUCCCGACGGACGUCCUCUCGUAGGCUACAUCUGUAUAGAUCGACGAGGGCCCGCUCAUUCCACCCUGCAUCUGCCGCUAGAGUACGGAAUUCAAGAGCGAAUUCUUGGGCACUCCUCCUCCCCUGCCGGAGGAAGACCAGACGCUCCCCCGCCGCUUUCCCCUCCGGGGGAUGGUCAAACACCGCCCUGAAGCGGCGGGAGAACUCGUUGUAUGUGAUAGUCUCGGCGUCGAUCUUCCUCCACUCCGCGUUGGCCCAUUCCAACGCCCUCCCGGACAGGCAGGAGAUCAGGGCGGACACGCUCUCAUGCCCCGAGGGUGCCGGGUGUACGGUGGCCAGGUACAGCUCCACCUGGAGGAGGAAUCCCUGACACCCAGCCGCGGUUCCGUCGUAGGCCCUCGGGAGAGAGAGUCGGAUUCCUCGGGGUUCUGGCGCUGGAAUGGGCGGACUGGCCGAUGGUGCUGGCAGGGAGGGAGGUGGUGGAGGCGUUCCCCAGCCUCGGAGGGUGGUGAUCACCUCCUGCAGGGCGGUCCCCAUCUGCAGUAUCUGGUCCUGUUGUUCCCGAACCUGGGCCUCCAGCCUCGUCGGGGCUGCUUCGGCUCCUGCUGAUUCCAUGUAGGGUGUGUUAUUCUGUCACGCAAGUGUAGGUGGGUGAUGUGGUGGAAUCAGACGCAGGACACCGGAGUAUAGUCCACAAGACUUUAGUAUAAAUCCAACACGGAAAAUACUAAUACAAUAUCCAAAGGCGCAACAAAUACGCACAAAGGCAAAACGAAACCAAGAGCGCACCAGACAAGUGCGUAAACUCUCCAAAACAGUGGAGGGAAGCUCAACCGAGCGAACAUGUAGAAACCCUACACAUGACUGACAAAAUCCAAUAACACACAACACUAGACAAACACAACGAGAAACUUAUAGGACACUAAUUACGCCAAAUGAGAAACAGGUGUGAAAACAAACAGACAAAAGCAAACGAACAUGAAACAUACAACGGUGGCAGCUAGAAUUCCGGAGACGACGAACGCCGAAGCCUGCCCGAACAAGGGAGAGAGGCAGCCUCGGCCGAAACCGUGACAUUCCAGAGCGAGAGUGCGCAUAUGAAGUGGCUAUGUUGAGCUUAAAAGUGAUCAUUUGAAACAUGUCCUAUGAGCUAGAUUUAGAGUUAUUUGGCAACUUUAGUUGUGAAUGAUACAAACUUUAGAAUGCCUUAGAAAUCAAUAGAUAUAUGGGCUACAUGAUGCGACUAUAGGCUAUUGAUGAUUUGAGAAAGUUGCAAAAAAAGCUUAGGCUUUGUUCUGUGUCUCAGGCUGCACAAGCUGUUCUCUCAUCAAGUGAUCAUAUUUUCACCCAUCAGACUAUUCUCAAUGGAAUAUUUUCUUUACUAAUAUGUAAAAUUAGUUUUGAUUUAGAAUGGGCCAUUGUCAAAUGGGCAGGAACAAGGACAAGACAAAAAAGACAUGUCAUCCGUAUGCACUCGAAUAGCGAAUGGAGGCCACUUUCCCGCUGGUAAUUUUUCAAAUGCGUAUGCAUAAGCUCUAAUGUGCAUAUGGGUGUUUUGAAUGAAUCAUCACCUUAGAAAGCGCUGUCCAUUUCAUUGUGUUAGGCUUUGUUUUCCACUCAGUUUCAACCUGUUGUUGAACUUCUUUCUUCAAAUUGAUCAAUUACAAUGAGGUGAGUUUUAAAAGCACGGACUGUUUUGAUGAUAAGUGUUUGAGUCCCCUGUAGUUCAGUUGGUAGAGCAUGGCGCUUGCAACGCUAGGGCUGUGGGUUCGAUUCCCACGGAGAACCAGUAUGAAAAAAAAUGUAUGCACUCACUAACUGUAAGUUGCUCUGGAUAAGAGCUUCUGCUAAAUUAUUAAAAUGUAAUGUGAUUUUUGAUUGCAUUUGCAUUGAUAUCAGAAUGGUUAGAGGGACAAUAGAGCUCUGAAUAACAGGCCAUGAAUGUAGCCACCUGAUGAUCAUUAGCGAGUUGGAUACUACCAACACAUGUCCAGAGUGCAUAAGAGGAGAUUACCGUAGAAUUUGACUGCGGUCAUGACUCGUGAGUGCCUGUGUGGUGGUAAUACGGUCACCGCAACAGCCCUAUAAUGACCUUCUUUCUGUUGGCUGCUGAUACCAGUGAAUGCUCUAUUUUAGUUAUUUUGGAUCUCCGUACUGCGCUUGAUACUAUUGAUCAUAACAUCCUUGUUGAACGGCUGGAGAGGUGGGUGGGAAUCUCUGACGUUGCCCUGGACUUGUUCAGGUCGUAUCUAUGUGGCAGACGUUUCUCAGUGAGCAUGGGUGGUUCAGUAUCAACCCCAGCACCUAUUCACUAUGGUGUCCCUCAGGGGUCAAUUCUGGGCCCCAUUUUCCCCCCCUGUACAUGCUUCCCCUUGGUGACAUCAUCCGCAAUCAUAACAUUCAGUUUCACCGCUAUGCAGAUGACACACAGCUUUAUUUACCAAUCAGACCCAGUGACCAAGCUAGCGUAGCUACCAUUCACAAGUGUCUUGUUGACAUCAAAUGUUAGAUGUUUGAUAAUGUAUCCAGCUCAAUGAUAAGAAAUCUGAGGUUAUUGUAUUUGGCCCCCACCUUGAUAGAUCCCAGAUUGUAAAUAACCUUGGUAAUUUGUCUACCAAUGUAAAGGCUAUGGCCAGAAACCUUGGUGUCUUCUUUGACCCUAACCUAAACCUCGAGCUGCAUGUAAAGAAGGUUGUCCAGUCCUGCUUAUACAAUAUCAUCUAAGAAAUACAGCGCCCUCUGUAAUUAUUGGGAUAGUGAAGCAUGAACAUUUUUUGGGGGCUCUAUACUCCAAAAGUUUGGAUUUGAAAUGAAACAAUUACUAUGAGGUUAAAAUAUAGAUUAUCAGCUUUUAAUUGAGGGUAUUUGUGGAAAUAUUGGUUGUACCAUUUAGAAAUGACAACCCUUUUUAUACAUACAGUAGUUCCCAUAUUUCAGGGCACCAAAAGUAUUGGGACAAUUGGAUUGACAGAUGUUUCUGGUUAGUCAGGUGUGUUCCGUCACAUCAUUUGUGCAGGCAUAAGAGAGCUGUCAAUGUCUAGUCUUGAUUUUAGGCUUUGCGUUUGCCUUUAGCGGAAGGAGAACUAAGGAUUCCAUCUUUAAGGUUUGGUUAAGCCCCAUUCCGUUUCUUAGAUAUUUUAUCUACCUAUGAGCCAGGAUGCAGCCUGAGAUCCUCUGACAGGGCACUGUUGACCAUUCCAUAGUCUAGGUUGAAAACGAAAGGAGAUAUUUAUUUAUUUUGUAUUCUCCUUCCUCCUGUCUUUGUUACUUUGUUAGUACUUUUAUUUUAUGAUGUGAAGCACUUUGUUACUUGUAUUGAAAAGCGCUAUACAAAUAGAGUUUUUAUUAUUAUUGUUAUUACUAGACUCAAGGGUCCAGUCCAACUUCCCAGUUACGAUGUGGAUGUUUAAAUAUCAUUCAUAUUGAAAAGGAAAUUAGACUUAUAAUUCCUGCCCUCAAGUGAUAUAUUUCUUGGCAGGUCAAGAAUGUCGAUUUGAAGAAACUCAAGUUCCUGGCAUCAGAGCCAAAAGAGAACAACACUUUCCUCAUCCAGGACUACAACGGACUAAAAGGAAUCCUAGACAACUUUCAAAAAAAGAUCUUCAACAUUCAAGGUACAACUCCGGAUAUACUGUAUAUAUACUGUACUUACUGCAAUUUAGAAUGGUGGUUACCUUAACAAAAUGAAUAAUUAUAAGAAUUAUAAGAACAUGUAACACCUAUCACGGUAACCAUGGCUAAUCAAUAUUUGACAGCUUUAAAAUAUUGUUGAAAUGUCAACAAGAUCUUGAAAAUGAGAAACACUAGUUGAUUCUGCAAGUCUGCAUUUUCCCUUCCAACAGAAACUGACACAAUCAAGUACAUUGGACUGUCUAUGGCUGGACAAUCUACUUCUCCUCCAACGUUCACUGUAAGAUAACCACCAAACAGUUAAUUUGAUCAUAUUCUUGUUGUGAAUGUGAGUGUACUGUGCAUAUGUAAUACAUGUGUUUGGCAGCAUUUACAGUACAUAGGCAGCCCAAUUCUGAUAUUGUUUUCACUAAUUGGUAUUUUGACCAAUCAGAUCAGCUCCACCAAUUAGUGGAAAAAAUAUCAGAAUUGGGCUGCCUGUGUAAACCUAAAUUACUUGUUUCACUUGAGUCAUAAAACAAUAGCUCAACAAUCUAAAAAAUUAUCAUGGCAAAUUCAUGUAACUCUCUCUUUUGAAGCCAUCUGAGGUCCACCAGACAAGCCAUUAUUUUAUCUAAUUUACAAUUACUUAUUAUCCUCAUUCAGGCCUGCAGCCCUGGCCUGGCACACGAGUGCGAUCUGAACAGUAUCUGCUAUCAGUUCAACAGCCAGCUCCAGAUCACCUCUAACUUCACGCCUGCCUUCCAAGGUAUAACAGCGAAACUGGAACACAUUUGUAGAUAUAAAUAAAAUAACCCAAGAUUUGUAGGUAUAUAUUGACUGUUUAUUCAUAUAAUGCUGAAUUACAUUAGGAUUAGGUCACAAAAUAUGAAUUGUGAAUGAUAAGAUCUGGAUUCCUGAAUAUGUGAAGAAUAUUGUGUGUUAUCCAUCAUAUACAUUUCUUUAAUUCACUUUCUCUUCCAGAAUGUACUAAGAAAAUAGUGGACCUCGUUUUCCUCAUUGACGGAUCAGCAAGCAUGACAGGGGACGCAUUUGAAAAGAACAAAGGUUUCAUAAACAAUAUCAUGACAACCCUAAAAAACUCCUCAAUCAAGGUAAACUUCCCUUUUAAAGUUCAUAACUUGAAUCAUGCUUGUGAGGUUGCUGAACAUACAUCUGUUUAUCUACACUCUUAGAAGUAAAGGUGCCUAGAAUAACCUUUUGGGUUGCCACACCUGCGGAACCUUUCCAGUUCAAGGGUCUUGGAGGAACCCUUGUGUAAAGGUUCUGAUGGGAGGAGUUACAUUUUGAACCUUUUUGAUAAUAUAUUGAAGUGGUGGCAGCCUAUUAUUGGAGGCGUGGCUUUCAGAUAGGCAAUUUUUGGCCACCCAUUAGCGCAAAUCUCAUUCCUGUUCAUCAUGUUAUGUUUUACACUGCAAAACUAAAUCCUUGAAUAUUUAUACAUAUUAUAUACUUCAAUAUAAUGUUAAUAAUAUUAACAAUUCUAUUUACAUAUAGUAAUAAAGUGACAACUAUUUCCACUUUGGAAGAGCAUAGGCUCUUGAGGAACACUUCUGUAAGCCUCACUGACGCUAUAAAACUAUCAGUGUUUAACGUUCAGAUGUGAUGACAAUACAGCAGAACAGAUUAACAGGAAUGACAUUUAUUCUAACAGGUGGCCUAAAAAAUAUAUACAGUAUCUUAAAGCCACACACUUCCUAAGCCACGCCUCCACUCCAGGGUUCCUCCAGGAUCCCGAUGCUACAUUGAACCAUUAAAGGUUCCUUCAAGAACCCCUCAAUUUACCGAAGGUGCAAAUAUGACCCAUUGACUUGCAAUGGUUCCUUGAGGAUCUUCAUGGUUCCUCAAGUCACCACUAAUUAUAAGAUGUGCUAUACCUAGGUUUCUGCAUGGAAAGUAUGGAAUGAAAUCAAUAUUAGUUAUCUUUCCUCUUUUUUUAAACCACAGUUCGCGGCGGUUCAGUUCUCAUCAACAGCCAGGACAGUUUUCGACUUCAAUGACUACCAAGAGGGGAGAGCCUUGACUAAUCUUACGAAUGAAAAGCACAUGGCUCUUCUAACCAAUACACAUCAGGCGAUAGACUUUGUCUUGUAGGUCACAGUUGAUCAUUAUUAAUCAGUUUUACUUUCAAAGUUCUGACCGAAUACUCGGAAUCUGAUCAAAGGGGAUUGUGGUGUAAGAAAGAUUGCUUGAUCUGUUGUUUGUAUACAUCUAUUUCAGGAAAAACAUUUUUGAAAACCAAGCUGCCGGCGCCACCGCAGAUGCAACUAAAGUACUGGUCGUAAUAACAGAUGGAAAACCCAGUGAUACUGAUAGAAAUGUUAACUCUAUCAAAAGAAGUGAUGAGAAAAACAUAAUCCGCUUCGUCAUCGGG